AUGGACCAACAAGCAGUCAACAUGUGUGAAUCUUGCGAAGGUUGUCGUCUGGUCCAGGCAACGCAGCCUCCAGAGCCAAUGAAAAGGCGUAUGUUUCCAGACAAACCUUGGACUGAUUUGGCAAUCGAUUUCCUAGGACCAAUGCCAACAGGAGAGCAUAUAUUAGUUAUCAUCGAUUACUUUACUCGUUAUAUGGAAAUUUCUGUUAUGAACAGAAUCACCGCAGAAGCGACAAUCAAAACCUUGCGCAACAUAUUUCGAAACUGGGGGAACCCGAGAACAAUCACUUUGGACAACGCGAAACAAUUUGUCUCCAAAGAGUUUGGAGAAUUUUGUCGCAUACUUGGGAUUACACUGAAUCAUACCACACCGUAUUGGCCUCAAGCCAAUGGCGAGGACGAGCGCCAGAACAGAUCACUGUUAAAACGGCUUAAAAUUUCGAAGGCACUCCAUGGGGAUUGGAAAAAAGAGUUGGACGAUUACCUUAUAAUGUAUAAUAAUACACCUCAUUGCGUAACUGGGGUAGCUCCCAGCGAAUUACUUCAAAAUCGCAAAUUGAGGUUCAAAAUCCCUCAGUUUGAUGAUCUGGAGACAGUACCUCCAACGUCUAGUUUCCAUGAUAGAGAUGUCACGAACAAAUUCGAAGGAAAAGAGCGAGAGGAUAAAAAGCGUAAAGCAAAACCUAGUGAGAUACAAUCUGGAGAUACAGUUCUGGUCAAGAAUCUCGUCCCACAAGAUAAACUCUCUACCAAUUUCCACAAGGAGAAAUAUUCGGUAGUAGACAAGAAAGGAUCCAAUGUCACUAUAGUCGGACAGGAUUCUGACAAACGUUUUGAGCGUAAUUCUUCUCAUCUUCUAAAAGUUACUGACAAUCUGGAUCAAAGCAAUUCUCCAAAGCAACGUGAACUCCCGUAUGUACGGCAGUCAUCACGCAUCCCGAAACCAUCAGUUCGGUACAGUCCUUGA